AUGGCAUCUUCCGCCGGCACCGUGAACCGAGUCCUGCGGCUCGCUGGCCCGGCUCUCCUACCCGCCAUAGCCUAUGGCGCCUACAAGGGAAACGCGACAGGGGCGAUCGAGUCCUUCUUUACCGGACCAGGCCGGACGAGCCGGAUAAUCGCGCUGGUGGUCGUGCUCUUCAACUGGAAGAGCCUGCCGAUGGCAUGGACGGUGCGCGUAUGGUCCGCCAUGGUCUCGCACUUCCUCUUCCGCCGCUUCCACACGCACACCCCCGACAAGCUCUUCCACCCCGUCAUCACCAGCACGCACGUCAGCCUGCUCGAGGUCGACUACAACCUGCAUAAGUCCAACUCGACGUACUUCGCCGACCUCGACGUCAGCCGCUCGCACCUAGUCAGCCACCUGUUCGCGCGGGGCUGCCGCGCCCUCGCGCACAACGCCACCACAAAGCUCGUCGUGGACCCGUCGUCGAGCACCUCCGAGCCCGCGCGCGGCAAGUUCGGCGUCAUGCUCGGCGCCGUGCACUGCAGCUUCCGCCGCGAGAUAGCGCCGUAUCAGGCCUACGAGACCUGGUCGCGCGUGCUGGGCUGGGACCGCAAGUGGAUGUACAUCGUAACCCACUUCGUGGAGAAGGGCGCCGUGCGGCCGCGGUCCUGGGACGCGGGCAGCUUCGGCGCCACGCGGAAGACGGACGGCGAGCCGCAGGAGUGGGAGCGGAAGAUCUUUGCUACGGCUGUUAGCAAGUACGUCUUCAAGAUCGGGCGCUUGACGGUCCAUCCCGUGGUCGUCAUUGGGGAGAGCGGACUGCUGCCCGAGCGGCCGGGCGGCUGGGUCGCGGUUGAGGAUGGCGCGGCGCAGCCGGCUGGGCUGGUUACUGGCGGCGAGCUGCCGGAGGCUAACCCGUCGGAGUGGGAUUGGAGACGCACGGAGGAAGAGCGGAGGAAGGGGGAGGAGUUCGUGCGGCAUUUUGCUAGCCUUGAUGGACUACACAGCCGGUUUGACGGCGGCGAGGACGGCGCUCUGGGAAGAUUUGGAUUGGGCUAA